AUGCAGCGCGCCCGGUCCCUGUCGUCGCUGCCGCCCGAGCCUUUCAUGAUCAUGCGCAGCAAGGCCAUGAACCGGCGCGUCAUCAUCAACGUGGGCGGCGUGCGGCACGAGGUGCUGUGGCGGACGCUGGAGCGGCUGCCGCACACGCGACUGGGCCGACUGCGCGACUGCAACACGCACGAGGCCCUGGCCGAGCUGUGCGACGACUACUCGCUCGUGGACAACGAGUACUUCUUCGACCGGCACCCGCGCUCCUUUGGCGCCGUGCUCAACUUUUUCCGCACGGGCAAGCUGCACCUAGUCGAGGAGAUGUGCGUGAUGGCUUUCAGCGACGACCUGGAGUACUGGGGCAUCGACGAACUGUACCUGGAAUCGUGCUGCCAGCACCGCUACCACCAGCGGAAGGAGCACGUGCACGAGGAAAUGCGCAAGGAGGCCGAGUCCCUGCGCCAGAGGGACGAGGAGUACUUCGGCGAGGGACGGCGCGCCCAGUUCCAGAAGUUCCUGUGGGACCUACUCGAGAAGCCCACGUCGUCGUUGGCCGCGCGGGUGAGCGUCCCUCCGUGUACGUGCCGGGCCGGACGCAUGGGCGGCCCUUCGCAUGCCUGCCUGCUGUGCUAACCUGUCUUUUCUCUCCCCCUUCUUUCCCGCUGAGCCGCUUGGCGCGCGCAGCCCAACGCAAGACGACCGACCAUCGGGGAUGGGCAGCGCGAGCGAUGGGCGGUCGCAGAUGCAGCGUGCGUUACCGGCCCAGCGAUCGCGCCCCGGGAUCCGCGCGCGCGCGAGGAAGUGGCCCGUGGUUGAGGGCGGGCCGGGCACACCCAGGUCGUGGCCGUGCUGUCCAUCCUGUUCAUCAUCCUGUCGACGAUCGCGCUCACGCUCAACACGCUGCCCGAGCUGCAAGAGCGAGACCACAAGGGCGAGGUGGUGGACAACCCCAAGCUGGCGCUCGUGGAGGUGGUGUGCAUCACUUGGUUCACGCUAGAGUAUCUGCUGCGUUUCCUGUCAUCGCCCAACAAGUGGAAGUUCUUCAAGGGUGUCCUAAAUGUGAUCGACCUGCUGGCCAUCCUGCCGUACUUCAUCUCGCUCUUCCUGACGGAGACGAGCACCAAGAAGCAGGACCAGUUCCAAGACGUGCGGCGUGUGGUGCAGAUCUUUCGCAUCAUGCGCAUUCUGCGCAUCCUCAAGCUAGCGCGGCACUCUACAGGCCUGCAGAGUCUGGGCUUUACGCUCCGCAACAGCUACAAGGAGCUUGGCUUGCUCAUGCUGUUUCUGGCCAUCGGUAUCAUGAUCUUCUCCAGCCUGGCCUACUUCGCAGAGAAAGAGGUAGCCGACACCAAGUUCACCAGCAUCCCGGAGACUUUCUGGUGGGCAAGUAUCACCAUGACGACGGUCGGCUACGGGGAUAUCUGUCCGACCACGCCUCUGGGCAAGAUUGUCGGUAGCGUGUGCUGCAUCUGCGGUGUGCUCGUCAUCGCGCUGCCCAUCCCCAUCAUCGUCAACAACUUCGCCGAGUUCUACAAGAACCAGAUGCGCCGAGAGAAGGCGCUCAAGCGCAAGGAGGCCCUGGAGCGCGCCCGCCGGGAGGGCAGCAUCGUCUCCUUCCACCACGUGAACCUGAGGGACGCCUUCGCCAAGAGCAUGGACCUCGUCGAUGUGCUCGUGGACACGGGCCACGGCGUCGGACAGGGUGACGCGGCGAGUCUGGGCGAGGACUCCGGGCGGCUGAACACGGGUUGCUACCGGAACUUCGACCACGCGCUGGCCGGCGGCUGUGGCAUGCGCACCCGGGGGGACUCGAACCCGGUGCUCCACCCGCCGCCGCUCAACUCCCUCAGCGGGGGCCGGAGAAGUGUGUAAGGGAGGUUUUUUCCGGACCCCCAGGAGGUGAAGGAGUUCCUGGACCAGGAGGACUCCCUGGGCGCCGUCGACUUCCGGGCCAACAUCGAGCUGAAGACGAUCAACCGCUGGGACGUGGGCAGCGUGGAGAGCUCGGACACGUACGCGUCGUGCAACACGCAGCCGUUCACCUCACAGGCGGACCUGAGCGACGGCUCUGGCCUGUACGUGAACCCGCUUCCGGGCGAGCUGAGCGGGUCGUCCGCGGCGCGGCGGCCCCGCUUCCUGCAGGGCAUCCGCACCAAGGCCCGCUUCGACCCCAUUGACGCCACGCGGGCCCUCAAGCCGGACCCCAUCCAGCUGCCCAGGCCGCCCGAGCCCGCCCCGCCGCCUCCCGCCAAGGCGUCGCCCUUCGCCAAAGUGUUCACGCUGUUCGCGGCCAGUCCCAAGAACGGCCGCAGUAGCAGCGGCGGCGGCGGCGGGGGCGGCGGAGAGCCUGCGCGGUCCAGCCCGGAGCCGCGCAAGAAGUCCAUACUGAAGAAGAGCGGCGACAGCUGGGGCGGCGAGCGGCAGACGGCCAGCACGGGCACGGCCACGACGCCCAGCCUGGGCACCCUGUGCGUGCAGACGGUGGACGUGAUGUGCUCCCCCGUCCAGUGCGGCCCCGGAGGAGCCGCGGAGCGCACGCCGCUGCUCAUGGCCGCCGAGGAGGACGCCGGGGACAGCCCGUCCGAGGAGACCAGGGCUCUGCUGACGCUGAGACACGCCACCGCUUCCUAGCAGCGCACGCCUUUCCAGACCCCGGCCCGGGAGGACGCUUCGGCGCCGGCCCCGGGCUCGGGGCCCCCGCCGUAGAAGACACGUCCUGUGUUU